AGCAUUAUGGCUUGUGCACGUUUCUAAAAGUCAUUAAGUAUCCCUUGCCAUAUUUUUGUAACGAAAAGUUAAAGUGUUAGCAAAGAGCCCUUUGUCUAACCACAACAUUCAUUGAUUUCUUCUCUUUUUUCUUCAUUUUGCUGUGGAAACAUUGUACAUUAUCAUGUUGGAUUUCUUUCCAUCUAUGCUCUUUGGUUUCCUUACUAAGUUUCUGUGAUUCUCCCAUUUAAUGUUGUGGAAAAACACAAACACCAUCAGUAAUUCCACCCUUUUAUUGUUUGAUCACUCACUCCACUAAGAAUGAAGGAGAAGGUGAUGCAGCUAAACCAGAUUCACUCCAGGCACCAUGUUUUUUGGGUUUUCAUCAUCGUUCACUUUUCAUUACUCCUUUUCUCAGCUUUCUCUGCAGAUAUCCCACCCAGAAAAAUCUUAAAUGGUGAAAAAAGAAGUCUCGUAAAGUCGAGUUGCAUAUGGAAGAUAACAGAGUUUUUAUUGAUAAUGGACUUGUUGAGGUAACUAUAGAGAAUCCUUCUGGUCAUUUAUCAGGAAUUACAUAUAAGGGAAUGCUUAAUGUGCUUGAAACCAGAAACAAUAACAACAACAAAGGGUAUUGGGACAUUGUCUGGGAUAAUGAAGCCUAUGACAAAUUAGCUACACAACACGUCAAGAUCAUUACAGAAACUGACGAGUUAGUUGAGCUUUCCUUCACCAAAAUGUGGGACAUAACAAAAGACCAUGGCAAUUCAGUUCCUUUAAACGUAGAUAAAAGGUAUAUAGUACGACGAGGCGUUCCAGGCUUGUAUAUGUAUGGUAUUUUGGAGCGGCAAGAAGAUUUUCCCGAUGCUCAUAUGUAUCAAAUAAGGAUAGCUUUUAAGCUCAAUGAAGACAAGUUUCAUUUCAUGGCGAUAUCAGACACAAAACAAAGGAUUAUGCCUAGCCAAGAAGAUCGAGAUGAGAGUCGCAGUCAAGUUCUAGCUUUCAAAGAAGCUGUUCUGUUGACGAAUCCAACCAAUCCACAACUUAAAGGAGAGGUUGACGACAAGUACCAAUAUUCGAGUGAGAACAAAGAUAACAAGGUUCAUGGGUGGAUAUCGGAUGAUGAUGCUGUCGGUUUCUGGGUGAUCACCCCUAGCAAUGAGUUCCGAACUGGUGGCCCGCACAAGCAGGACCUCACUUCUCAUGUUGGUCCCACAGCCCUCUCCAUGUUUGUUAGUACUCAUUAUACGGGGACGGAGAUGGACGUAUUGUAUAAGAAAGGAGAGACUUGGAAAAAGGUUUUGGGCCCUGUUUUUAUGUAUCUCAACUCGGCAUCUUGGGAUGAAGCUCGUCAUUAUCGCAAGGCGCUGUGGAAUGAUGCUAAUAGACAGUUGCGUGAAGAAAUCCAAAGUUGGCCUUACAAUUUCACUGUGUCAGAAGAUUUUCCUCAUGCUCAACAACGAGGAGAAGUUAAUGGUCAAUUGCUAGUGCGAGAUCAAAGCUUGGAUAAGCAACUAAUGCAGGCGAAAUCUGCGUUUGUGGGGUUGGCAGCGCCUGGAUAUGCAGGAUCAUGGCAAACGGAAGGAAAGGGCUACCAGUUUUGGACUCAAACAGGCAACACUGGCCGUUUCACUAUAAAAAAUGUCCGACCAGGGGAGUAUAAUUUUUAUGCAUGGGUCUAUGGUUUCAUUGGAAACUAUAAAUUAAAUCUCAAAAUCACUAUCCAACCAGGAAACAAGAUCAACUUGGGUACCCUUAUAUACGAUCCCCCAAGAAAUGGCCCUACAUUGUGGGAAAUAGGGAUUCCCGACAGAACAGCUGCUGAGUUCUUCAUACCUGAACCAAACCCAACAUUUGUUAACUCAAUCCUCAACCAUGACGCCGACAAAUUUAGACAAUACGGAUUGUGGGAUCGGUACUCAGAUAUUUAUCGUGACGGUGAUCUUGUCUUUACAGUUGGUGUUAGCAAUUAUUCUAAGGAUUGGUUCUUUGCUCAUGUUCCCAGGCGCAUAGGAAACGAGACAAGGGCAACCACAUGGCAGAUUAAAUACGAACUCCAGGAAGUGAACAAGGCAGGAAAUUACACGCUCCAACUGGCCUUGGCAGCAGCUUCCUAUGCUGAAGUUCAGGUCCGAAUCAACAAUCCCGAUGCUAAUCUACCUCAUUUUACGACGGAGAGAAUCGGGUACGAUAAUGCUGUGCCAAGACAUGGAAUUCAUGGAUUGUACAGAUUGUAUAGUAUAAAUGUGCCUGGAAAUCGAUUUCAGAGAGGGAAUAAUACGAUCUUUCUAACUCAGACAAGAUGCCAUGAUUCAUUCGAAGCAGUUAUGUAUGACUAUAUUCGGUUUGAAGGACCUGCUGUUUAAUCAAGUAGCUAGUCUUGUACUAAUAGGAAGUUGGUUUAUAUUCUUUUCUGGUAGUAAUACAUGAUCAGAGGCCUUGGCUACUGAACUUGGCUCAACCCUAGUUUUAGAUAAAAUAAAUAUAUAAAAUAAGAGAAUGAAAUUUAUGUUUCUUGCUCGAACUCGGGUACCGGUAUGUGUUUAGGUGUCAGACUCAUCAAUCAAGUUAAACCGAAACUUGGAGAUACGCACAGAAAGUUCUAGCAAAGAGGACUCCGACUGGUGUCGAAACUCGUUUUAUAUGUAUUUAAAUAUAUAUGUAUUUUAUUUUUAUAAAGAA